AUGACGAUUAAUAUAAUUUUAGCGAAUUCAUUGCGGCUUCGUCGGGAGACCACAAACUGUUCCGGUAACGAAUGUAUUGCCAACAGGACAUGUGAACCACUUUCUUCGCCUUCGUUGUCCAUAACGUGCCAGGACUCCAAAAGACGCGGUGUAUCCUGUUACCGACGCGUGUCUCCUGGUACCAGGGCAAAUCUAAUUUGCAAGGAAGGAUACCAACAAUUAGAAGAUCCUGGAUUUUAUAGUAUCAAAUGCGAAGAAGAUGGUAUUUGGGACAAGUGUCCAUUUUCAUGUCAGCCUGUUUGUGGGAAUGUAAAUCCUCUGGAUAAUGAAAGUGAUGUUGGGCGAUAUCCGUGGUUUGCUACAAUAUUUCAUGACAAACCUAAAAAUGAGCCAAGAAUUGUAUGUGGUGGUACGAUUAUUUCGGAUAAUGUAAUAAUCACGUCUGCACAUUGUCUUUAUGAUGAAGCUAAAGCAGCGAAAUUUAUUGCAUCUUAUGUUAAGGUAGCAGUUGGUACAGGCCUUUACAAAUGGAACGAUACAUUAUACAAUACACCAUAUGCUCAAUAUUACGAAGUCAAACAGAUAAAUGUAUUUCCUUUAUACCGUGGUAUUGUAACAAAUUUCAGAGACGACAUAGGUGCGAUUAUAUUAAAAGAUAAAAUUAAAUUUAAUCGAUAUAUUUCACCGGCUUGCCUUGAUCUUAAUAAUGAUAAUAGGCCUACAGAAUUACCAAAAGGAACUAAUUAUACGCUUACAGGAUAUAAAGAUUUUGAAUUUAAAAAACUUGAACCGGUAAUAAUUCCCUUACUACCAGCUUUGGAAUGCAUCGAUGAGAGUGACGACCAAUUUAAACAAUACAUCACAGUAAAUAACAUAUGUGUUGGAAAUCCAAACGCGGAACCAUAUAGUGCAUUUUAUGGUUAUGGAGGGUCAGGUGUAAUGAAACCAUAUGCAGAACCAAAAACUUUAAUCGGAAUUGUAUCUAUAAGUUUAACUACUCAGGGAAUAAUUCUGCUCACAGAUAUUUCGAAUUAUAUUCACUGGAUUAAAGAUGUCUUGAGCACAGCUAAUGAAGUGGAACAACCAAUAUUUUGUGGCAGAAUUUCAUCAUCGUCUAACAUCAAUCAAAUGUGUACUAUACCACCACCCCUCGAAAAUGGCCAAUAUGUAAUUGGAGGCUUUGAUGGCAUUCCGAAUCCCGGUACAAAAGUUCCAGAGUGGUCAGUAAUUAAAUUUAAUUGCAACGAAGGAUUUGGAUUAAUUGGAGACGAUACCGGCAUUUGUACUAAUGGCCAAUGGUCUACAACAGCAAAAUGUUUAAAAAAAUGCAAAGGAUUAACUUCGAGCAGUGUUCAAUUGAAUUGUAUUUAUAAUAAUCUAUCUGUGCCUUGUGAUGAGCCUGUAAAAUCAGGCACAAAAGCCUUCUUAAGUUGCAAGAGAGGUUAUAGACUACCAUAUAAUCCAGAAUAUAAUUUCGUAAGUUGUGAAGAAGAUGGAACUUGGGAUUACAGCAUAUACAGAUGUACAGCUGAAUGCGGCGUUGCAAGACCUAAAGGUAUAUCGCUUGUCAUUAAAGGGCAAGACGCAGGUCUUCAAGAUUUUCCUUGGCAUGUUGGAAUCUAUCUCAAAGAUUUAAAUGUUUUAAAUAAAUAUGGAAUUUGUGAAAUAGAUAGAUUACUUAUACCGCCAACAUAUUAUGACAUUCAAGGUAACUACGCGCAGGAUAUAGCUAUAUUAAAGCUUCAAUCAAUUUUAGAGUUUUCAGCAAUUGUGCGUCCAAUUUGUUUAGAAUGGGAUUUUGAAGGUGUAGAAGAGGAUUUUGUAGCUGGUACCAAGGGACUGGUUGCAGGAUGGGGACUAACUACUGAAGGUGGAAAUGUUAGCUCAAUAUUAAAAUAUGUCAUACUGCCAACAGUUCCCCGGCAAACAUGUCUUGAGCACAGCCCUCCUGAUUUUCGACCUUUCAUCACUGCUGAUAAAUUCUGUGCAGGAUAUCUUAAUGGAACAAGUGUUUGUAAAGGUGACAGUGGCGGUGGUUUGGCAAUACCGAUUUUCAAUGGAGAUGAACCGGUAUACUUUCUUAGAGGAAUUGUUUCAGUCGGUCCUAUGAAAGAUGGUACUUGUGAUGCUCAUAAAUAUACUGCAUUUACAAGAGUUUUGUCACAUAUAAAUUGGAUAAAAAAGUAUAGAGCCUUGUAG